GGCCUUACCUUUGUAACGCAAAGUUAGCGUAAGAACAUUUCCAUGCUGUCACUCACUAUCACUCUCUCUCAUCUGCCAAACUCCCCCCAAUGCAAAAAUCUUACCUUCUGCUUCUCCCUGUUGAAGGAAACGUGUGGGUGACACAUUUCCUCAUUCUUGAAAACCAAACCCCCCACAAAUUUACCAACUGACACUUUCUUAAGUCUCAAUAUAACACUCAAACUUCCCAAACCUUACUAUUUUACUAACGCCGUAGUAAUAGUAAUACUAUCCUUUCCUUAUUUCCAUCCAUCAUCGUCUUCAUUUCACGGCCGCAGUUCUCUCACUUAAUGCUACUACGCCGUGUUCUUAUUAUAUUACUCACUCGUAGCAAAAGUUCACUUCGUAUAUUAUUUUGCAGGAACGUUAGCUUACCGACAGCAAAGCUGUACUAUGUGGAGCAUAGCUCUUGAUGAAAUGAUAUUUUCCUUCCAAAGGUUUUGGUAAAUAAAGUAUUGUGGUUGAUACAUCAUACAUAUAGUAGAGUAGAAAGGGGAUGGAAAUGAGCAAUGAUUUUUUCCCGGAGUUGCAUGUGGCGCAACAAAGGCGACGAGAUAAGCUUAGAGUUCAGCAUUUAGAGGAAUUACAAGCAAACAAUUUCCACAACCACAACACUUCUCCGAUGGUACUAGUACCACCGGAUAUGUUAAAUUUUACGGGCUCGCAAUCGUCGAGCCCGUUCCCUAACAUCCACCCCACUCGCUUUAUAGCCCCCGCGAGCUCGGAUCCAUGUGAAAAUUGGGUACCCAAUUAUAACGGAAAUGAAACUAGCCAUGUUGAGCAUGAUGGUAGUAGGAGGCAUCACUUAUCGUCGAUUAUGCUCCCGCAGUUUUUAGCUCAUCAUAAUGAGACUAGUGAAAUUAAUUACCAAAAUAAUGUUCAAAGUUGGGGGAAUGGUGGGAAUGAGUUGCCUUUACUUCCUGGUAAUUUUGUGAGUCAGCCUAAUAAUGUUAUUGAUGCCAGUUCUCAAUCUCAUGUUCUAUCUCUUUCGUUGUCGUCGAAUCAAAUAUGUGAAUACCAACAUUUGGGUGAUCCAAGGGAGUUAAAGCCGUUGGAGUCCGGAAGCAUUGCUUCUGUUGUUAAGCAAUCUAUGAGUAACAGUGGUAAUAAUAAUAAGUUGGAGUGUGGAAAUAAUCUGGUGCAAGAUGUUGCUGGAAGCUCGAUUCUUGUGCAUCGAAAUGUCGGUCCACUAGGGCCUUUUACUGGCUAUGCCUCUAUUUUAAAGAGCUCUAAGUUCUUAAAGCCAGCACAACUGCUAUUGGAUGAGUUCUUUGGUGCUGCUGGUUUAUGGAGAGGGGGUGAAGAGGCGGAAGUUCGUGACAUGGCCGAGUGUUCUAGUGCUGUCGCCUCGAAAAUUCGUGAGUCGAAUGAUUUGAGUGCUAGGAAUUCCUCUUGUGAAUCUUACAGGCCUGACUGCCAUGAAAGGAAAGCAAAGCUUCUUCACAUGCAAGAAGAGGUUUGCAAACGACAAAAGCAAUAUCAUCAACAAAUGCAGAUGGUUAUUUCAGCAUUUGAUUCAGUACCAGGGCUCAGCAAUGCGACUCCGUAUAUAUCACGCUCACUUAAGACUAUCUCGAGGCAUUUCAGGUGUCUCAAGAAUGCAAUUGCGGACCAAUUGAAGCACAUAAAGAGAGCUCUAGGUGAGGACCUAUCAAGUCCCACUAGCUUUCUGAAGGGUGAUAGUAGCAGUAGUAUGAGGUAUGAUCAGAGUUUUACAAAGGUCAAGUCUGGUGCUUGUGGUGGGACGGGUCAUGUGGGUCACCAAAGCCAUGUCUGGAGACCACAAAGAGGGCUUCCAGAGCGUGCAGUUUCUAUUCUUAGAGCUUGGCUCUUUGACCAUUUUCUUCAUCCGUAUCCAACAGACAAUGACAAGCAAAUGCUUGCUACUCAAACAGGCUUGACACGAAAUCAGGUGUCAAAUUGGUUCAUUAAUGCGCGAGUACGGUUGUGGAAGCCUAUGGUGGAAGAAAUUCAUACACUUGAAACCAAAGGUUCAUCACGUUCUGAACUCAAUUCAAACAACAGUGUAAUGUCAGUCAUUGCUAAAAAUCAACAGGCAGCAGUCGCCAAUGAACCAGAUUGCAAACUACCUCAGAAUCUGGCGUGUGAUAAGCAGUUGGUACCAUCAAGUUCCUUGGAACGAUCAAGAGGUGACACAAAGACGGAGCAUCUAUUUCAAAAGUGUUCGAGGAUUGAAAAUAAUCAUCAGGUCCCCUCCAACAUGGAUAGUUCGUACAUUGAUUUUUUGCCUUACCAAAGGUGGAGGCUUGAACAAGGAGGGAUUGGUGCUGUUUCACUAACUUUAGGCCUAAGGCAUGGUUCAGAGACAACUAACCCGCAACUGCAACACCAAUUCCUUCCCCAAGGCCCAAGGGAUGCCUUUUGGAGGUCAUGUUAUUCAUGAUUUUUCAGGCCAAGCCACCUCUGAAUAAAAUUGUAAUGACGGUGCACUUUGGAAAUUAGCACUUCUAGAGGGUGGAGGUAUAGUGUGUUUCAAGGUCAGUAGUCUACUAGUCUAUAGAACUGCUUGUGCAUAAUGUUAGGAUUUGUAAGAUAAUGAAGAUACAAUGCAAGUUUCGAAAGUGGUAGACGCCUUGAGGAGGAAAAACAAAUGGAGUUCUACUUUGGAGUCGGUACACUAACUUCAAGGUAGAUGCACUAUGGAGAUUUCAGUCUUACCUUGUGAAGAAAUUCCCUUAGAAAGGGAUAAAGAUGUUCAGAAGGAUCUGUAUUUAGUUUCCAUGUUAGGUUCUGUAGUUGUAAAAGUGGAAGGUGUCAAAUUUAUGUCAAAGUAAUAGGAGGUUGCUCCUCCCGAAAAAAGGAAAGAAAGAAAAGUAAAUGAGGUUGGUGAUUAAUUUUUUAUUUAUAGUCCUCAGAUGAGUAAAUUGUAUCCUUGGAAAUGGAUUUUUUUUGCUCGACA